GAUUGUUAUAUCUCUUGUUUGCUUUGUGAGUAAUCUGAUAUGCAAAUAGCCCCUGAAGAAUCAAGCUAAAUUUGAAGACAACUUAGAACAUUGAAGAGUCUAUCAUGGAGUACAAAAUUGAUGGAAGAAAAUACCAACAUAGCUUAAAUUUACAUAAAAUUAAGAGCAUGAAAGAAUUAGCAGAAAUGAUUGAUGUAGUAAUCAUAGCAGAAGGAGAGAAAUUUCCUUGCCACAGACUGAUCCUGUUUUUCAGUCCUUAUUUCAAAGCCAUGUUCACCUGUGGACUACUUGAAUGUGCUCAAAGAGAAGUCAUACUUUAUGACAUCACAGCAGAAAGUGUGUCAGUUAUAUUAAAUUACAUGUACAGUGCAGUUUUGGAGAUCAAUAAUGCCAAUGUACAGACUGUAGCUAUGGCUGCCUAUUUUAUGCAGAUGGAAGAAGUCUUUAGUGUGUGUCAAAAAUAUAUGAUGGACCAUAUGGAUGCCUUCAACUGUGUGGGUAUCUAUCAUUUUGCAAAGCAGAUUGGAGCUGAAGAUUUAUCUGAUCAGUCAAAGAAAUAUUUAUAUCGGCACUUUGCUGAGGUGAGCUUACAUGAAGAAAUACUAGAAACUGAAAUGUACCAGUUUCUAAUGCUUAUUAAAUCAGAUGACCUUAACAUAUCCAGAGAGGAGACCAUUUUGGACUUAGUUCUGAGAUGGGUAAAUCAUAACCAGGAAUUGCGCAAAGAGCAUCUUGUUGAGCUUUUGAAGCAAGUAAGACUGGAACUUAUAAAUCCUUCUUUUUUAAGACAAGCCCUGAAAAGAAACACAAUGCUUCUAUGUGAUGCAAACUGCAUUGACAUAAUUCAAAACACAUUCAAAACCUUCAAGAAACCACAACAGCAUCCUCUAAAUCUUCGUUAUGGCAUGGAAACUACUAGUCUUUUGCUUUGCAUUGGCAAUAAUUCUUCAGGAAUCAGGUCAAGACAUAGGAAUUAUGGGGAUGCCAGUUUUUGUUAUGAUCCUGCAUCACGGAAGACCUACUUUAUCUCAUCUCCCAAAUAUGGAGAGGGUUUAGGAUCUGUGUGUACUGGUGUUGUCAUGGAAAACAAUGCUAUAAUUGUGGCUGGAGAAGCGAGUGCCUCUAAACUCUCUAGACAAAAGAACAAGAAUGUUGAAAUCUAUAGGUAUCAUGAUAGAGGAAACCAGUUUUUGGGAAAAGUUUGCACUACUGAAUUUCGAGAACUCUAUGCUCUGGGCAGUGUCCAUGGUGACCUCUAUGUUAUAGGAGGACAGAUGAAAAUUAAAAACCAGUAUCUUAUUACAAACUGUGUUGAUAAGUACUCAGUAGAACAGGACAUUUGGAAAACGGUGUCUCUUCCACUACAAUUGGCAUGCAUGCUGUAGUGACAGUGGAAUAAUAAACUUUAUGUGAUUGGAGGCUGGACCCCUCAGAUGGACCUUCCUGCUGAAGAACCUGAUCGAUUAAGCAACAAACUGUUGCAGUAUGACCCUAGACAAGACCAAUGGACAGAGCGGGCACCCAUGAAGUAUUCUAAGUACCGAUUCAGUACAGCUAUAGUCAACAGUGAGAUUUAUGUUUUGGGUGGAAUUGGCUGCAUAGGUCAAGACAAGGGCCAGAUUAGAAAGUGCCUGGAUGUGGUGGAGAUCUAUAACCCUGAUGGGGACUUCUGGAGAGAAGGCCCACCUAUGCCAAGUUCCCUGCUCUCUCUUCGAACCAAUUCUACCAAUGCAGGAACAGUGGAUGGAAAGCUGUAUAUCUGUGGAGGAUUCCAUGGAGCAGAUCGCCAAGAGGUUAUCUCCAAAAAAAUACUGGAGUUGGACCCAUGGGAAAAUCAGUGGAAUGUUAUAGCUAUCGAUGUCCUCAUGCAUGACAGCUAUGAUGUCUGCUUGGUUGCCAGGAUGAAUCCUCGAGACCUCAUCCCCCCACCUUCAGAUUUGGUGGAAGAAGGCAAGGAGCACUGAGGUCAGCAU